AUGACUGGCCAACAGCACGGGUCUUUACUCCUCCAGGCCCGUGAUUCUCAAAAGAAGCCGCAUUCGCAUUCACACGCGCAGUCGCACUUACACUCGCACUCGUUCCUUCACCGAUUUCGACGCAAAUCAUCUCAGUUGGAUGUUCAGAGCCAACAAAGUCGGGAUGGCGCCCCCGACCAACGUGGUCUUGAUAAACCCGUUGAAGCCGAAAGAAACCCGGGUUCAAUCAACGGUGGUGACGUCAACCCCGCAGAGAAAAUCGUUGCCGCAAAUGUCAUUGUCAAUGCCGCCAGCCAGAGCUCGGAUGCGCCGGUUAAGCACGUUGUCCAAACCGUUUCCCUCGUGCAAUACGUUGACCCUUGGGGAUCGCCUUACAAGACCUCGACCUUGUACGGUCCUCCGAAUACUGUCGUUGUGGAUCCAAAAAGUGGCAAGACUCUCUCAAGCUCAAGCGAUACACAUUCCAGCGUCAUCCUUGCCUCGUCUACGGCGGCGGGUACGAGUGUCGCUGCGUCUUCUCCCUCUGCAUCGAUCAAACGCAAGUCGACCUCGGCUUCGGCCUCGGCUUCUUCUACGCCAACCAACGUUCCCUAUCCGAUUGUGGGUGAGAUUCGUAACUCGACAAACACUACCUUUCACAUUCACAACUCAACGUUUAUUCCGCCUGCCAACAGCUCUUCCAUCUACAAAUCACUACUAUACCAAGCCACGUCAUCGCUGUCAACCUCAUCCGUUGGUCUAGAGACGACAUCAGAAACGAGGACAUCAUCAAUCGAAUCCACGUCGAGUUCCGAGGACCCGAGUCGCUCAACAUCCGCCCUCACGAGCUGCAGUGAUGAAGCGUACGGCACCAUCACUGUCACGGGAGGUCUACCAACAUGGCCCCCCACUCCUGCAGGCGAGGCAGGUAGCAGCGGUCAUAGUGUUGAAAGCUUGACACGGCAGCAGAAGCAGGUUAUUGGCGGAGUGGUAGGAGCCGUGGCUGGUGUCGCAGUCUUCGGGCUCUUGUUGAUGCUGUUUCUGCGAUACAAGAGGCGGAGUGGAGACCGUAUCACGCUGGACGGGCACUCAACAACCACUCGAUCCAUUGGUGAUGGCACAUCGGGCUGUACUGCAGGAGCGACGAUGGCUGAACGGUCGGCCGCUGCGUCUGGAGCAAUCGCAGCUGCUCUGGCCAGUCUGACCGGAAAGAAGCCCCCGCCUGCUGCUGAACCUGGCGCGGGUGAAGAGCGUGGAUUUUACCGUGUCUCGGGCCGAAAACUACCAUCGAUACUGCACAGUGGCGGGGAUGGUUACUCGUAUUCUCGAGAGAGUGCAGCCAGCGAAUACUCGGACUAUCACGGGGCCUCACAAGCCUUCCAACCCAGGCUCGGGGGCGCGACACAACUAGCCCUUGGGUCUCCGAUGCGUCCUGUCAGCGGCAUUCCUGUCAUCCGAUCAGGCCCUGCAAGAAAUCCCAUCACCAAGGACCCUUUUGCGGUUGACGAUGCACCCGCCACGCCCUCGAAUAAGUCAUCACGCACCUUGGCAUCACGAGAAAGUCCCAGGGCUUCAGGAUCUCGAUUUCAGGAGGGAAUCUAG